AUGCAGCGCGCGCCGGCUCAGUCUAUGGAGGCGAUUGAUGCAUAUGUUAAGCAGCUGCAGUCUGGAAACAAUGACACAUCACGUGCCCCGCCACUGACGGUGGAGAACCUUCUCUGCAAGGUAUACGCGAAGUUUUAUAAUCAACGCGGCCAGGCUCCGUUUCCAGAUGGACUACCAUUCUCUUUGAAGCAAAUACCGUCACUUGCAUCUGUGGCGGUGUUGCAAUCUCGCAUCACGGCAAUGGUUCAGAGCGCUGUGGCGACACGGCCUGUAGUCACGUUGCAUGAGCUGGAGGCUGAGGUUUGUCUUGCAGAGAAUGCCACGGUAUACGCCGAACUCGGUCUUGGUUGUUCCCUUGCAGCGUUGCCAUUUGUUCAGCACAUGUUUGGUGUUAGGGUCGACACCAACCUUGCUCCUGUUACGAGUACCGAGUUUAUGCAGUUUCUUCUCUUUGACGCAAACGCUCAAGGACUGCUUGCUGGCGGCGGGGACGCCGGGGAUGCCGCACGCGCCUUCUCGCGUCGUUACAAGGAUGGAAGGUACACCACCAUGCAGCUGGGCAUUCAUAUCCAACACUUCCCCUGGCUAUUGCAGUUUGUGCGUCAGGAGGUUGGGAGAACGUCGGCCUUUUUUUUUGAGCUCUCGACAAACAACACGUGGUGCCACAAACGCAACAGCAUCAUUUACGAACGUGUUGCGGAAUCGCUUCAUACGGCGUUAAUGUCUCGCUGCAACGACGCAGGGAAACAAUCUCGUGAGAUAAGAUUUGUUGUGCGUGCCUCUCCUGAGGAGGCGCAGGGGACGGAUCUUCCACCGGAUAUGUGGGGGUCGUGCAGUGGGCCCUCGGGAGGGUUGUCACUUCAUGGCGUGCUGCGGGCUGAGCCUUUUCCGUCCCCUGCGAACGUCGCACACGGCACACACACAUCAGAGGCCGACAAGGCACAACAAAAGUUACCUACACCUGUUAGUUUGUCCUCUGUCUCGGCUGUUUCUCCGCGUCCUUCUGCUUCUACAGCAGCAGCAGCAGUGAUGUUAACAGGAGCACAAAAAACCAUGCCAGGGAUGGUAACCUGCUUGCACGCGAGAAAGCGUCGUCGUGGGGCGGUUGUGGAGGAAAGGAUGGAAGUGUUGGACGAUAUGCCCUUACCCGCUUUGAAUCCGCGGCUGCUGCACGUGGGGGGUGCAUGCAUAGAAAAUAAAGGAGUAACAGCGGCGUCCACGUUGUUGCCGACGUCGUCGGAACUUCCUCGUAUUUCUCUUGAGAAGGCGUUGUCAAUAUUGCGCUGCCAGGCGGCAAUGCAGCCUGUGACUGGUACCGCAUGUUUUGCCACGUGCGAUGACUUUGCUUUAUUCCGGACCUAUGCCUCCAAGCUCUUGUCAUACCCACGACAUGGAGGAGGAGGUGCGGAGCAGUACGGUGGAGUCACGGCGGCGGGCAAGGAUACUUUUUCUGUUGAUUUGGAUACAAUUUUGCGUCUCCUCUCUCAUAAGGAGGCACUAAACAGGUGGUAUGCGUUCUACAGGGCUAUUGUGGAUUAUACGAAGGGUUGUGAUGAGACUGAGGACGUGACUACGACCUCUCCGGGCCGGUUACUACUUCAGUGCCUUGCAUUGGGAUCAUCCGAUUUGGUGUUUCUUCCGCUUGUGGCGACACGAUCUUUGCUGCCUCUGUCAUCAACACGGGAUGUUCUCCCCCAGCGUGUUCUCUUGUCGGGACGUCACUCAUCGGCGAAUCUUCUUGUGUUUCACCCACUGCAGUAUAUUGUGGAUCCACAACUUGAGAACGAAGAGGGCUGCGCGUUGGCGAUGCUUGACGGUGAGUUUCUCCUACGCGGUUUGCAUGACGCAGACUCUCAGAACGUGUUACACGACUUGCUAGAGACUCUUGAGGGCUGUGGGGUGUUAACGUCUGUACCGGAGUGCUGGUUUUGUGAUGGGUUUUUGCUACAGCUUCUGCGGCGUCAAAUGUGGGGCUACUUUAACAAAGCAGAACACACGGAUGCGGAGGAGCGUCAUAUGGCGCUGCGCAUGUUGUUGCUGUAUUGGUGGCUCUUGGGAAUAUGGUGUACUGCGCCACCGUCCUCAAGGGUUGCUGCCGGGGUUGCGGAGGUUCUACAAAGUCUACGGGACGUGGUUUGGCUGCCCGCCCUGUCACGCCAUGACGGUGGCAGUGAUGCGGGUAGUUCUGCCUUGCGGAUUGAAGGUUGGCAUGCGCCCUCUGAACUUUUUCCAGCACUUCCAUGUUUUACGCGCAAUAAUCUGUCAGAGGUGUUAUCUUAUGCCCCGCAUGACAUACGGGACCUCCUCUCCCUCUCUAAGCAGCACGCUGACAAUAAUUUGUUUCAGCAUUUGCAUCAAUUUCUUGCCAGGUGGAUAGACGUGGUGCAGAGUGGCACGGCAAAUAUGUCUGGGGAUGCGCUACCUUGUCUCAUGGGCAUGCCUGCAGACUACACAGCUGCCCUCGCUUUGCGACUGCUAGGUUUGCUGCGGGUGGGCAUGCGCAUCUCACUCGCUACCAUGCGGUACCUCCUACACCGCAUUGCUGACACCGAGGAGGAGGAUGUUCUCCUCGAUGCGAGGCGACUGCCGAUCAUGCCACUUCCAGUGACACGUGCAGGGCUUGAAGUGAAUGAGGAAUUUAUUGUGGGUGAGAUGGCGACAUGUGCGACGUUGUGCUGGGAGCCACUUUCAGGUGCGGACGGGGCAUGUGGGUUCGACCGUUCCAUUGCAUUUAUUGGCAACGAUCUUCGCAACUUCGCUGUUGAUGGUUUGCGCGUGUCUCCCGUUCCGUCUGUGGCAACUUGGUUGGCGGCGGCGCAGGCCUGCAGACGACGCUUUGUGGCCGGUUCUGAAAUUAAUGCGUCCCUCACGGACUUGUUUCUGCGAGUCUUGUCUCACUCCUGCACGACACAUUACAGUUAUCUUCUGAGAGAGUUUGAGAAGCAGCACCCCGAGAGUCACGGCAACGCCGCCCAGGAGGCUCUGAAGGGGGUUGUGCAUCUUGCAGCAAUUGACACCCGGGCGGAAUACGCAUUUCCCCUUCAUGGUCGCUGGCGCAGCCCCGCAGAGGGGUUGUUUUACUGCGGCCCAUACUAUUGCGGUUUAUCUGGCCUUGCACUCAGAGUUUCCACGUAUCCUGCUGUUUACACCGCCAGGAAUGAAAAUGACGCUGUUGAUGAGGAUACGACGCCCGCUUUGCCUGUGCUUGCAUUUACGCAACAACCGCAUCAUGUCGUUGCUGCUGUGUUGCAGAAGAUGGGCCUUGUGGCGUUAGAGGAUUGUACAGAGAAGAUUGUGACAUUUGACCGUAUGAAUGCCGCUCACAGUGCAGGACUGCACAGGAAAAUUGCGGAGUGUGUCCCGCGCGUUCAAGCAUUUUUGCGUACACACCACCCGCACUACUACGCCCUUGUGCAUCUCCAGGUGCGGCAUGCCUUGGAACAUUUCAGCACGGUACUCGCGGCAGAGCCAGUCGUGCGGGAAGUGCUUCGUUUUCAAGGGCACACGUACACCAUGACACGCACCGUGCGUUGCUGGUACGUGCGGCAACACAACUGCCUCUACGGUGUAGAUGAAGAAAUUGUCCCUUCUCUUGGGGCCGAUGUGAUUGCGGAUGUGUUUCUUCCCUUGAUGGAUGCGGAAGUACGGCGAGGGCUGACAUCGGCCUUGCAGGAGUGGCUGCGAGACGCCAAUCUUUACUUUGAUGACACCUCAUUGGCCCCGUGCCUACCGACGGCGUUGGUAACAUCGUCGGUCUCGGAGGAAGCCUGGCAACUCUCGGCGGCGCCGUCUGUACGUUUUCGUGAUCAUUUUCCCUUUGGAAGAGACGGGUUUGGCCCUACAGGAGGGCGAAGCUGUACCCUGACAGCAUCAGGGGCCUCGGCGGCUUCACACGCACCGCGGAUGAAGGCGUUAAUGUGGGGAGAUGGCGGUUAUAUGGCCCACUCGCUCCCGCAGUGGAGGUGUGACCUCUUUGACUCCGCAUACGACGUGCUGCGCAGCAUGGAGCGCGGUCGCAGCGAGGCGAAAAACGAUUCAGGGGAGGAGGGCGCAGCCACGAUGGUGACUCCGUCUGCCCACGCGCAGGUGCGUCGUGGUGGGCGGUCACAGCGUGUUGCCCCUGCGAUGGUUGUGCAGGAGGCACGUGAGACGGCCGAUUACGCCGUUGCAGCGGAACGUUUUGUCGCGGAGAAGUUGCGGGCGGAGGCGCCGCCGGGCGUUGAGGUUGUGUGGGUCAAUGAGCACGGCGAGCACGGCACCCCGUACGAUAUUCUGCUCGUGCGUCGCACUGUGAGAGACACUGCGGCCUCCACAUCGACGGAGAUUUUGGCGUAUGUGGAGGUGAAGAGCACCUGCACGAACGCGCGCCGUGACUUUGAGAUGUCGCUGCGGGAGUUACUUUUCGCCGCGCGGUUUGGUCGGGCGUACAAAAUUUACCGUGUGUUUCGUGCCUCCACAAGUGCGAUGCGGAAGAUGCAUGUGGAGGUGUUGGAGGAUGUGGUGAGGCUGUGGCGCACCGGCUCCCUCACGAUGACGGGUGACGUGAAAGUCAUGCUGGCGCCGGGCGCUUAA